AUGGCUUCUGGCGUCCCGAAGUUCACAAGCUUCCGACCAAAGCCAAAGGAGGCAUCGAGCCAAGAGAAAGAGUCACAGAUACCCGAACAUCAGGAACGAUCGGUGACAUCGUCAAGAGACAGAUCCAGCCCGUCUAAGAAGCCGUCGCGAGACGACCUUCGCACGGAACCGACUCCACCUGCAGCACCUUCCAAAUUAUUCUUCAGUGACAGGCGAGGUGAUCGCGAUAUUGUGCGAUACGGCAGUCUGAACCAAUAUGAAGUGCCGGACUAUCGACGUUUUGGCUACGGACACGUGCUUGGCCUUCCUUUGGAUUGGAAAAUAGACCGGGUUCAUUCCACGGAAAAAAUUACUGUCCUCACUUCUUCAGACAAGCGUCGCGGCGAAAGACUGCUUGCGAAAAAGCAAGCCACUCGGGAGCAGACCAGGGCGGUACGUUUCGUCAGUACUUCAAACGCGCACGAUUCAGACGACCACAAUCAAGAUUACAUCGCACUGUCGACCACACGCAAACGGAAGCGUGGCGAAGACGAGUCUGAAGAUGAAGAGGAUGGGUCUGCCUUCGACUAUCGUGGAAUGCAGAAGGGAAUUACCAGUGAACCAGCAGACCCAGAUGCAGAAUAUGAUUCCGAACCCGCCGUCGACGUUGUGACUGCCGACGUGACCGCACAAAACGCGAUAUUUGUACGCAGAACGAAAGAACGCCCGGACGAUCUGCAAGCCUGGACCGAGCUUAUCGAAUAUCAAGAAGACAUGUUGAAGAUGGAGCGAUCAUCAACAGAGCUGCGAAAAGCCGAAAAACUACAUCUUGCCGAAAUCCGAAUCUCGGUCUACGAACAGGCGCUGAAAAAAUGCAACAUCGAUGAACAUGGUCAAAUCAGACUGCAUUGCGGUAUGAUGACCGAAGCCACGAGGGCUUGGGGUCAAGAACAAUUGGCGCGGAAAUGGACCGAAGUCCUCACCAAGUAUCCGUUUAGCACGGAGCUAUGGCUGAAGUAUCUGGACUGGAUUGAAUCGAGCUUUAUGACCUUUAGAUAUGAAGCGUGCAAAGUGUCAUUUCAACAGUGCUUGGAAACGAUGCAGCUAAGCAUGAUAGCCAUUGACCCUGGCUUCAGUCUGUACAUAUUCUGUCGCCUUACCACCAUGAUACAUCAAGCCGGUUACCAAGAAUUAGCGCUCGCUAUAUGGCAGGCUUUGCUCGAGUAUCACAUAUUUGCCCCUCUCGAUCAGCCAUUACCCCAAGAGGAGGUUUUGCGGAACUUUGAAGAGUUUUGGGAAAGUGAGGUUCCUCGCAUUGGUGAGGAUAAUGCAAAGGGCUGGCGAAACUCGGAUGUGGACGACGGUCCCAUCCCCGAGACGGACCCAGUCCAGCUUAUGUUACAAAAUCCCAAUGACGCCGUUUGGGACGAUUUUCGGAAGCGAGAAACGGACCACACCUCCAAAUUGAGACAUCCAGGCCGCACGACUGAAGAGCUAGGGGGCGAUGAUCCUUUCCACACGAUAUUAUUUGCCGACAUUGAAGUAUUCCUGAAGCUUCUUCCACAUUCUUGCGAGAAGACGGACGUUGUAUCUGCGUUUCUCCAAUUCUGCACUUUACCACCUCUGCAGCAAAACGACUCGGAUAUGAGUAGAUACACCCUUGAUCCUUUUCUGCAAACGGGCUGGAGCGAACCUUCACAAGCAAACACUAGCGGCUUUACCGAGGUCAUUGCAAGAUACUCAAACAGUCCGAUCAAGAAGUACCAGCCCACUGCAGAGCUCCUUUUUGAUCAAAGCUUUCCUAGUACACACAAAGUUGGCGAUGUCGCAUUUGUACGCAAGGUUCUAAAACUUCUCUUUAAGGGGGUCGCGGACGGAGGCUCUAUUGGGGAGUAUCUGCUCGCAUUCGAAUCUCAGUACUUCCCUACUGAGUCUCGCAAGACAGCCAGACAGCUCUUAAAAGCCCAUCCUGCAAGUCUGCGUCUUUACAACGCUUAUGGACUUGCGGAAUCACGCCGAAACAACCCCGAGAUGGCGGACCAGGUGUUUAGUGCUGCUCUCUCAAUGCAGAAAGGCGAAACGACAUUCUCAACGAACGGUAGCCUUGAGCUCUUCAAUAGUUGGGUCUGGGAAGCUUUGCGAUGUGGUGACGGAGAGGAAGCGCUUUGGCGACUUGUAUCUCCCACUGGGAAGGUCGAAAGACGAGCGCUACUAGCUACCGACCUACCCAGAGCUGCCUUGGCAACAUUGCUCAUUGCCUUGCUGGCGUAUUUCGCGGAUAACGAGAAGUCAGAGACAGCAUUGUUAGCCUUCUCGCGGCUUUCCACCUGGCUUACGAGCCACAGCAUGUCACAAAGCCCGGCGGCGGAGCUUCACGCUCAGUACAUUGCGCAGUUUUUGACACUUCACGUUCGACGUGCUCCUAUCGUCAAACCUGCACUUAUACGCGAAACGUUGGAGCCUUACAUCAGUUCAUUUCCGGAUAACACAAUACUACUAUCGCUUUAUGCUGCUAACGAAGCACGAUUUGCCAUCGACGAUCGUGUCAGGUCUAUAAUGCAUCAAAAAUCGAGAGGCUUGAAUCGCACCAUUGUGAACUGGACCUUCGCAAUCCAUCAUGAAAUCCUGCGAGGCGAGAUAGCCGGCUCAACAUCGCAAUCCAUCCGUGCUCUCUUUGAGAAAGCCGAAGACGAUGUUGGCGCACAGUGUCCCGCUUUAUGGAAGCAACACGUUCAGUUUGAGAUCGCAGAGGCCCGGAAAGAGCGCAAGAAGAGACCUCGGCAGAUGCCACGUAAAGACGGGAAGAGGUCAAAGGAGGACACCAAGAUGGAGGCGGCAGACAAGAGAGUUAGGGACACAUUUUUCCGAGGUCUAACACACCUGCCUUGGUGCAAAGACUACAUGAUGAUGGCAUUUACUCACCUGGGAAAAGAAUUUCUUGGUUUGGAGGAUUUGAGCAAGGUGUACACCGCUAUGGUGGAUAAGGAGCUACGGCUAUACAUCGAAGUAGAAGGGGAUGGUGUAUAAGCGUAAGAGUGCGGAAGGGAUCACUUGUAGAAGGCCAUUGUGGUUUGAAAAUGCGCGCAUUGCAGAUUCGAGGAGGCUCCGUUCGGCAUCAAUUGUUUGGUUCUCAGAAAUGUGUUCGGUGUGAUAGAACUUUUAACUCAAGGUUUGUAAAGUGUAUCCAGAGAAACAGCGCUCAUCUAUUGUACACAGAAAAUACACCACUAUUGAU